GGCCUGGGCCGCCCGCACCGCCGCAGCCGCCAUGACGGACCGCUACACCAUCCACAGCCAGCUGGAGCACCUGCAGUCCAAGUACAUCGGGACGGGCCACGCCGACACCACCAAGUGGGAGUGGCUGGUGAACCAGCACCGGGACUCCUACUGCUCCUACAUGGGCCACUUCGACCUGCUCAACUACUUCGCCAUCGCCGAGAACGAGAGCAAGGCGCGCGUCCGCUUCAACCUCAUGGAGAAGAUGCUGCAGCCCUGCGGGCCGCCGGCCGACAAGCCCGACGAGUCCUAGUCCGCCCCGCCCGGGUCCCGGCCCCGAGGUGGUGUU